CACACACUCAUACACACUCAUAGACACACACACACAGGAAAAGCUGGAGACGGUCUCCACAGCACCUCACACAGCAGCCUCAGUGCGCCUCGGCGGCCCAAACGGGAUCCUCCUCUACUUUGAUAGUUGCUUAAUUACUCAUGUGACGGCACGCAGAUGUCUGGGAUGCUCCAGCUCAAAGUUCUCCUGAAUAACUCGCUGACUGACUGAGUGACAGGAUCCGAGGGGAGGCAGACGUUUAAGGAGCGCCCUGGACUUUAAUCUGUGAAUCAAACAACGUUCAGCAAUGGACCGUCUGACCCUUCGCGUGUUGGUGUUAACAGCCAUCAUGGCCUCCAGUGGACUGACUCAAGCAAACAUGACUGAAGAGGUCACUAGCACCCUCUUUCCCAACUCUACCAUUAAUCUCACUGGACCCAUCAGCCAAGCAGGAAAUCACCGAUGCCACUCAGAAGACAAUUGCACCACUGUCUAUACCUCGUGUAAAGAACGCACGUCCAUUAAAGAUACAUUCAAGGUCAUAAAUACCUUCAUCUCAUGUGUGGUGUUCGUGGUGGGCUUGGUGGGGAAUUCCACAGUGCUGAGGAUUAUCUACCAGCACAAGUGCAUGAGAAAUGGACCUAAUGCUCUGAUCGCAAGCCUGGCACUGGGUGACCUCAUUUACAUCAUCAUAGACAUUCCCAUCACCGUCUACAAGCUUCUGAUGGGAAAAUGGCCGAUGGUUGAAACCUCGUUCGGGCUCUUCCUGUGUAAACUGGUACCCUUUCUUCAAAAAGCAUCGGUGGGCAUCACGGUGCUGAACUUGUGCGCGCUCAGCGUGGACAGGUACAGGGCUGUUGCAUCGUGGAGUCGUGUUCAAGGAGUCGGCAUUCCUUUACUCACCGCGGUUGAAAUUGUGCUCAUCUGGGUGCUGUCGGUUAUUCUGGCCGUGCCUGAGGCUAUCGGGUUUAACAUAGUGACCUUCAACUACCACAACACGACUUACCAUACCUGUAUGCUCAAACCACCUGCUUCCUCCAGAUUCAUGCAGCAAUAUGUAGAUGUAAAGGACUGGUGGCUGUUUGGAUUUUAUUUCUGUAUGCCACUGGCCUGCACUGCAUUUUUCUACACCUGCAUGACCUUCAAGAUGCUUAGCCACAGGAAUGGAGCUCUCCGGAUUGCCCUAAGUGACCACCUCAAACAGAGGCGAGAGGUGGCCAAGGCUGUUUUUUGUCUGGUCUUGAUCUUCGCGCUCUGCUGGAUCCCCCUGCAUGUCAGCAGACUCCUGAAGAAACUGCUGCCAAAUCCUAGGGAUGAAAACCGCUGUGAACUGUACAGCUUCCUCUUGGUUCUGGACUAUCUUGCCAUAAACCUGGUCACCAUCAACUCCUGCAUCAAUCCCAUCAUCCUUUACAUUGUCAGCAAGAAGUUCAAGCACUGCUUUAAGUCUUGCUUAUGUUGUUGGCUAACCUCAAAGAACCAAGUCACUAGCUUGGGGCAGAUGAAUGGCACAAGUAUCCAGGGCAAAACCCAAGAACCCAAAAACUUCCAGAUUGACUGUGUCAUCCAGAAGUACAGUUAUUGAACAAAUCAAUGAUCUGUACAGCUUGGUGGUACUGGGAUUCAAACUCACAACUCACCAAUACAGAGCCCCUAACCACUAAGUCACCACUUCCCACUUCCCAGAACAACCUCUGGUCUGGAAGGCUGAUCAAACCAAGAUUUCAUCAGAACCAAGACUUGCUGACAGGAUGGAAGAUUUCACCACUCAGUCAUCUGUGAUGGCUUGAAGUUAACUGUUCAAUGGACAGUAGUACUAUUCUGUGCUGGACACAGAGUGACCGAAGCUGCUUAUACUGUAAACUGUAUAUAUUUUGCAAAAAAUUAUACAGUGGGGUUGAUGUAUGUAUGUAUGCAAAGUUCUGCUCCGAGAGCAAAAUUCCCAGAAUCUUCCAGGGAAGUUUUGCCGUGAGAGAGUGGGCAAGGGUGGAGGGGGGGUCAGCAGGAUGCAGCUGAACAUCAACUAUAAAUGAACCCAAUCAGAGGCCAGGAAUACACUACAACUAGGCAACACAAAUACAUGUAUAAGUUAUGUGUACACUUUCCCAAGGGACAGGAAACUGGAGGAAGGAAGAGUCGAGUAGUGUGUUGCAAAUCUUACGUAUGGGUGUAAAUACGGACUAGACUAAAAAAAACUCCCUCUUCCUUCCCAUUGCUGCUUAAAUUCAGCUUUCUAAAUGCAGAUCUAUUCAUGUCCAGGAUGACUGAUGGAUUUUAAUUUCUAUACUCACAUCCCUCACUUCAGGCUGUCAGAACUUUUGGAAUAGGGGGUUUCCUAACCUGGAUGUCACUUUUGUUUUAUUCGGAUUCAGAAGGGCAGUUGGAUUUUGUGGAAGCAAGCCCAACAGUACCACCAAUGGUCAUAAGGAAAAAUACAAAGAAUGGCCUAAAGAAACAAGAAGCAAGUCUGGGGCUGAUUUCUUUCUAACCAAGACUAUAGAUUCGUCAGUAAGAUGAACUGAACUAGCAUUCAGCUCAACACCACUACAAAAAGUACAGAAAAUGACAUUUCCAUACAAAUUUUCAUUUUUUUUUGUUUGCUCAUACAACUAUUGAAUACCAGAUUCAAAACCAUAGCAUGCAUUUAAAAUAUGUAUAUUCAGAAUUCUUCUUCCCAUCUGCUAUUCCUGUCAUAUUAAAUGGGUGAAACUCAAAGAGUAUAGACUGCACACAAUGUUCUUUUUCCUGCUAGCAACCAGAAAGAUCAAGCGUCCCAUCUGUUUAUGGUUUUAUAAAAAAAAAACUUCCGGAUCUUUUGAUGAUCAUCCAAGUGUUUUAUUCCAAAGCUUAAGCAAACACUUAUGUCAGGAGUUGUUUAUGUCCUGCUGAUCUGCCAAACACUGCAUUUUUCUGCAAAUUUGUUGGUUUUUACAAGUUGGGUCAUGAACUCGGAUAUAUAUUCUGAUAUAUUUGAAAAGACAACUUGUGUAUGGUAGAGAUUUUUGGUUUUUUAUUAUUUGCCCCUAUCUCUAAAAGCCCUGUUCUUUUUAUUUUGAUUCAUUACCAAAUCUAAGUUAGAAAUAUACCUACAAGAAGUGAUUUAGGGGCCAAGCACUUUUUGAUCCCACUCCUUUAUAACAAAGGAAAACUAGAAGCCAUUGGAUCUAGAAGCUUUGGGACCAGUAACACUAGUAAAUUAGAAGAUAAUACAUUUAGGUGUUGCUGGGAUAUGACCUCAGUUGUUGUUUGGCAACAGAUUUGCUCACAUGAUACUGACAGAGUGUUUUAAAUAUUAAAAAUUUUGUUUGGUGUAGUCUCCCAAUUCUUGCCCAGUGAGGCCAAACAAAGGAUUUGAAAAUUCAUUGUAACGGUAAAAUUUGCUCUUUAUUUACAAGCAAAUUUUAGUAUUCUAAAUUUUGCAUUUUAAAGAGAGAUUUCAAGACAUCAGCACUCAUUAUUAAUAGACCAGGACAAAGUGCUUAAAUUCAGGAAAUCAGAGAGCUCCUCUGAGCUCCGGAGGCUGGCCUCUACCCUAUGAGCCUGCCUGCACCCCUCUGGAUACGGACCGUCCUGGCCGCGAGCUCCAGAGGGAGGUGGAGACAGGGCCAAGGGGAGGGCUCUCGGUCCGGCUGCGGGGGUCCCAGAGCUACCCCGGGGCUCACUCCGGUUCUGCCACCCUGUCCGUUAUUUUGGACAAAAUUUCUGGCAUUUAUCAGACCAGGGCAACUUAUCUUUUUUUUUUUUUU